CCUCCCUUCGCCCCAUCGCCUCUCGCCCCUCCCUCUCGUCCAGGAAAGGCCACCUCGCGCACAUCCGCGCCUGCCCGUCCCAGGAGCCAAGUCUGCUACCUGUCACGACUUCCAGCGACAGCUCGGAUUGUUCGCUGCGCGCUCCUGCCUCAGCGAUCGCCGUGUGGCUCGUCACGGCUGCUCUGACCGGAACCUUGUCCGACGUGCGGAUGCUGCGUUCGACCGCUCGCACGCACGAACUAUUGCCCGUGGCUCCGCUGGCCGCCGUCUCUGUCGCGCUCUGCCGGCUGUUCGCUCACGCACGCCCGCGCUCGCUCUCUCGCCUGCCCUCGCCUGCUCUCGCCGUGUGUGUCUCGCUCUGGCGCAACGCCGCUCGCUCCUUGCGUGCGCGAAGUGGCCGUGACGGUUCCCCUUCGCUCACGUGCACCGCCUCGCUCGCGGCCCUGCCCUCUGUCUCUGCUCCUGCUCUCUCAUCUCUCUCGCACACACAUGGCCUUGUCCGCCCUUUGAACUGUGGCUUCCCCACCUCUCGAACUCUCCCCAGAAAGAAAAGAAACCACAAAGCAACAGGCCCACUCACCCCUCCGGCACGCACCGUGUACGCCAAACUCAUGCACACACCACGCCCAGUAUAUCUUUCUCGUACCGGCCAUCUCUCGCACCCUUGCCAAACUUCCGAUCUGUUUCCCCGACUCUCUGGUCGCGUUUCGCUUCGGCUGCAUCUCGGUUGGGCCAUUCCUCGGGACAUACCAAGCACCCCUCGAGCGGCUCCUUCGAAUCAUUCCUGUUCAGAAGGGCGGCCAAGCCUAGGAAGAGAAGCUCCAGGGCCAACUCCUCGGACGCGUCUGCUACCGGCACCACCGUUGCGGUUGAGCGCUCACGUGAAUCAUCCUCUGCCCAUCCUCCGCGCGCAGUCAGCUGUGCCGCCUCCGUCGACGCCUGCGUUCACGGCUCUCCCAAACGAGCGCGCACCUCUUCCCAUCCCGCCAACGCCCGGACAUCCGUCGCCAGCUCUCGCCCCAAGCACGUGCCCAUUGUCAUCCCACGCUGCGCACAACCCUUUUCGUCCAACUCGCUCGCGUCCGUGACCCCGACUGGCACCGCAUUUCCCUCCACUUCGCCAUCGCCCACGCGUCUUGAGUUCCCCAGGCCUCCUCGCAAGUCGUCCUUGGCCCCCCCGGUCACGCUUCCCUCACCCGAGCACUCGCCCGGCGGGAAGCCGCGACAUGUGGAGAUAAAAAUACCCGCCUGGGCGAACCCGAUCAAACUGCCCGACACGCCAGAGAGCAUUCCGAGCCCCUUUCUGAGCUCUUUCCGCCCCGCUGACGCGGCCUCGAACUCACGGUCACCUUCGCCGCGUACGAUGCUGCGGCUGACCCCAGGCAACAGUCGGUCCAACACGCUCGACUCGACCGUCUCCGAUCCGGCCACGCUGUACGCGGCCAGCAGCGCCGGUGGGAACAUGUACGCCCAACGUGGCGUCAACGGCUCCCAGACUAACCUGUAUCGGCUCAACACCAACGAUCUGGCUCCCGAUCGCGAAGGUCAAGCCCGCACCCCCGCUUCGGGCUUCCAAGGGAACCCUUCACCCGCCAUGCCGUCUGUGGCUGGCGUAAGCUCCGCUUCCUCGAACAGUGGGCUUUCGGGCCUGGUUUGCAACGUCCACAGAACCACCGGACGUGAGCCCAGGCCGCUGGUUGGCGCCUCCACCACGAUCCUUGGCGACAAGCUCUAUGUUUUUGGCGGGCGAAAGACGUCACGAUCAAGACCCCAGCUGACAAACGAUCUGUACGAGCUGGACCUGAUCAGACGCCACUGGACGAAGCUUGAAACAACAGGCGACAAGCCUCCGCCACGCUACUUUCACAGCGUGUGUGCCCUCGGCGACACGAAACUUGUCCUUUUCGGGGGCAUGUCGCCUGCCACGUUGCCCAACGGACAGCCCGCCGCGCCGGACCAACCCGUCAAUCCGCAGGACCCGCAGCCCGAGGUCGUCGCCCUGUCGGACGUCCACAUUUACGACGUGCCCACGCGUUCGUGGAUGAAGAUCAACGCCACGAACCCACCCCAAGGCCGAUAUGCCCAUUGUGCCACCAUCUUGCCCUCGUCUUCGGUGUUUUCGUCGCCCAGCGCCGCGAAUUCGGCCAUACAUCACAACCCGUCCUCGCCGUCCUCGCCAAACAGCGGCACGCUCGGCGUCACGCUGGACGGUGACGGCGGAGCGGAGAUGAUUGUCGUGGGCGGCCAAGAUACCGCCAAUCACUACAUCGAGCAGAUCAACGUCUUCAACCUCCGAAGUCUGUCUUGGACGACGGCGCAGCCGUUCGGCAGAAGCUGUGGCGCAUAUCGCAGCGUGACGGCUCCGCUGAGCGCCUCGGCCGCAUCCAAGCUCGGCGUUCCGUUGACAAACUCCGAGUCAAGGUCGGGCGCGGAUCGCGUCGAGGAUGCCACAGACGGUGCUUCUGCGCUUCUAAUCUACUCGAACUACAACUUCCUGGACGUCCGUUUGGAGCUUCAGGUCCGCCUGCCGGACGGCCAGCUGAUCGAGAAGGACAUGCUUGCCACCCCGUCACCGCCCGGUCUCAGGUUUCCCAACGGUGGUAUCAUCGACAAUCAUUUUGUCGUCAGCGGAACCUUCUUGACCUCAUCAAAGCAGGAGUACGCCCUGUGGGCUUUGGACCUUCGCAAGCUGACUUGGAGUCGCAUAGAUGCCGGCGCCACGACGUUCAGUCAAGGCAGCUGGAAUCGUGGCGUCCUGUGGAACAGGCGGAACACCUACGUCAUACUGGGCAACCGAAAAAGAAGCCUUGCGGAGGACUACAACCACCGCCGUAUCAACUUCACCAACAUCUGCAUGGUCGAACUGGAGGCGUUCGGACUGUACGACAACCCAAGAAGGAAGUGUCCAUCCUCUGGCUACGUCUCGGCUAGCGCCAAGCAGACGGAUCUGCUUGUGGACCGUCACGCGGGCGGCCGACCGUUGCUUAAGUCGGCUGAAGAUCUGGGCUCCCUGGCGCUUAGCUUGACGGAGCUUAGCGACAUGGACUUUGUGGCCAUGAACGGUGACCGUUUGCCUGCCAACUCGCACAUUGUCUCCCGUCGAUGGGGACCCUACUUCAAGCACAUCAUGGCAGAGGCCAUGGCGUCGACAGACACCAACGACACGGCUACGCUGCGACCCCAGGCCGAGUUCGCCCCCCAGCGACAGUCCAGCGUUACCAUCACGCCCUCGCUGUCGUCUGGCUACUCGACUGGCUCGUCCACUCUGGUGCCGCCAGGCUCGAUCCUUGACAGCACAGCUGCGCCAGGCAUCUUUGACCCUUCUCGAAACAUAAAUCCGGCACGGCGACCCCGCGCUCUUUAUCUUCCCCACACGACGCUCACCAUCCAAGCCCUCCUCCACUUCCUGUACACGUCAUCGCUCCCUCCCCUGAACAGCAAUCUAUGCACGCCCCAGAUCUUGUGCUCCCUCCUUCAGAUUGCACGGCCGUACAAGAUUGACGGUCUCCUGGAGGCCGUCGUUGAGCGCCUGCAUCUUGUGCUCGAUAACCGUAACACGGCCGCCAUCUUUAACGCUGCGGCCAUGGCUGCGGGUGGCGGCGACGGUGUCGUCUUCUUCAACAAGGGUCUUGAGGCUGCAACGGGAGAGAUGGGGAGCCGGAGCAACGGCGACUUGCCGCAAGAAGAUUCAGACACGGAAGGUCUGACGGCGUCGCGUCUCCGAAGCUUGCGGAUCGACACUGAAAUCACGCGUCCGGCCACAUCCAUGAGCGCACAGAGCGGCCAUAGUGACGACGCGAGCAGCGCGGAUCCGGAUGGACCCAGUGAUGGAGACCGCACGAUGAGCCUGACGAAUGAUGUAGGCGAGAAUCAAGACGUGUGGAAUGGGAGCUUAAGCUCUGUUGUGGGACUGCAAAAGAGAGGCCUAAGAGGCUUGAUGGAGGGACGCAGAAUCAGGGAGCGGAGUGGUGGCCUUGGAAUGGGAGGCCCCGGUAGUGGAGUCGGAGAGGCAAACAGAGUAGGUCUAGGUAUCGCUUGAUACACUGACGCAGCCAAGUAUAUCUGGGAGCCUUUUAUCUGGUCACAAUGCACAACGAGGAGGGAAAAAAGACUUCUCUUUGUGUUUUGGUUUUUUUUUCCUUUCCCUUUCCUUUUAAGAGAAGGCACAGGGUGACAUUUUAUGAUGAGAUGAUCAUGCUGUCGAUUCCUUUUCUGGGGAGCACGGUUUCUUCGCUUGUCGUUAGCGUUGGAGUCUUUUUGCUUUUCGCGGACAUGCGCUCUGUUAUCUUGCCCCUUGGAAACAUUGUUUGCGUUUGCCUGGCUUGUCUACUUGCACAUAGGCGACAUAUAUGAGACGCAGCCGAUAACAAAGGAUUGGAGCACGUUUGGUGCUGUGAAAAAGCUGUGGUUGUAGUACUAAGGGUAUAUACAUUUUAGACUCGAGGCAAUACAAUCAGCAUGGUACCAAUGCAAGGUGCAUCAA